GGUGUGCGGAGAGUGGGGAGAGUGCGUGGGGCCCAUCGCUAGGCAAAAGUGUCGCUCCUUGAUGGAACACGGAGUGGUUCUGGUCUUUGGCGAGGCAAGCGGGACUCUCCCUCCCUUCCAUGCUGCUAACUUCCUUCCCUUGCAGUCUCAGCGAAAUAGAUUAGGAUGCCAAGGGUAGUAGUAGUAGUAGUAGUAGUAGGGGAAGCACGCCAGGAGAGCAAGGAUGUGACCUGUGAGAGGACGGAAAGCAAAUCCGAGCAUAUCAGAUUUCGAGCGAAUUUAUGGUUCUAGUUAAACACGGUUACAUAUGCCUCCUCCUGUCCUGACUGCCAGACGGAAGUAGAGAAAGAAAGAGGGUGACUCGGAGAGAGAGAGAGAGAGAGCGCGAGAGCGACAGAGAGAGAGAGAGAGAGAGAGAGAGAGAAGAGAGAGAUACAUGAGAACCUUCAUGUCACGCAUAGUAGGAACGCGGCAGUAAAGUUUCGAAACGCUUCCAUACCAGAACUACUACUUCUACGACUUGACUACGACCACCAGACGUUAACCUUUCUGCAAAAAGGCCAAAGAAAGAAAGGAAGAAACAAGGCAGACGAAAGGUAUGGAUGGCCAGAAAGCUACGCGCGUCUCCGUGGCAGCAGCGGCAGAGAAGAGCUGAGCUGAGCCGAGCUGAGCUGAGGCGAGCUGAGCAGAGCAGAGCAGCACAGAGCAGAGCGAGCUGACAGUUUAGGCUGCCUACGGUAGUCUGCGGCGUGUGCCAGUGCUGAUUAAUAUUGUUAGUGAGACAGAGAAGGCGGCGGAAUGCGGUGCUCAGGGGUUUUGGGUAUGCGGUAAUAAGAAGGCUUGGCUUGGCUUGCUUGGCUCGGCUCGGUUAGGAUCGCUGCGGGGCUGGAGGGCUGGACUGGGCUGGGGCUGGGCUUCAGGGCUAUACGAUCGUCAGUUAAGAUUCGGAGUGAACAGAACUCAUCCAUUCAUCUGCGGUCUACAUAGGCACCGAGGUUAUGAUAGCCUCCCCGUCGCCUGCCUCGCUCGCGCUAGGCGUCUGUUUGGAUUCGUCGAGUGAAGGACUGAUCAUUGAUCGACGUUUAUUACUCGAGUCCGCAGGAGCCCCAGGGGCAGCAACGAUCUGAAAUAUUUGAGCUCUUCUUAGCCUGCCUAACGGCAGCACAAGAGCCACACCGCGCAGCAGCCGCAGCACCAGUGAGAGUGCUCGCUCGCCCCCUUGCGAGUUCAAACCUCAGAGCCCCUCCGGUUGCGUCUGAGAGCUGUAGUAUCAGUCAUGACUGCGGGAGUGCAGAGUGAUGCGGCGGGCCUGGACGUCAUGUCGAAUGCCAAAUUGCAUUACAGCAGCAAUGCUGCCGAACCCUACAACAAGGAGCAAGCGCCGGGCAAGAUGGCGGAUGUGAACGAAGUGACCGAGCUGAAUGCGCUCCUGGCCAUGAAGGGCGGCGAAGGCGACGCCAGCUACGCUAAAAAUUCCCAGACUCAGGCUCAGGGAUUCAGAUUCGUGCAGCCCGUUUUGCAGGCUGCAAUUCACCGAAUGGAUUUGCCGACUCGCACGGGCGUGGUGCGAAUUGCGGACCUGGGCUGCUCGUCCGGACCCAACUCCGUAAACCACAUGAAUAUCAUAGUCAAUACUCUCCGAAAACGCUAUGCCUCGGCUGCUGCUGCUGCUGCUACCGUCGCAGCUCAAUCCGCGCAUCCGCAGCAGCUGCCUGCCUCGGGCCGAAAAUCUGCGGCUGUACCGGAAUUCGACGUGUACUUUGCCGACCUCCCAUCCAACGAUUUCAACAGCCUGUUGCGCCACAUAAACCGUGACUACUCUCGAUCCUCGCGGGAUGGCACCGCUGCUGCUGCUGCUGCUGCUAAUGCCACGGGCCGUGUGGGCUCUCGUGUGGCGGGGAAUGGGUAUUUUGCGUCAUGCGUGGCAGGAUCCUUCUACGGCAGAUUAUUUCCUCGAGCCUCUGUCAACGUGGUCUUCUCAUCAUUCUCCCUCCACUGGCUUUCCAAGAUUCCGGAGGCGGUGCAACGACAGGACUCUCCAGCUUACAACGAUGGCUUCGUGUGGAUCCACGGCGGGAAACCGGCUGCGGCCAAAGCAUACGCCGAGCAAUCUCGCAGGGACUUGGUCACCUUUCUGAGAGCACGUGCCGAGGAGAUGGUGUCGGGAGGACUCAUGUUCCUGCUGCUCAAAGGACGAAAAGACAGCGACCCCACUGUCCAAUACGAUCCGGAUGGCGUGACCAUGUUCGGCACGCAGAUGGAGGGCGUCUUUAACGAACUCAUUUCCGAGGGCCUGCUGGACGCGAGUGUCCGGGAUUCAUUCAACAUUCCCAUGUACUACCCGACUGUGGACGAGAUGCGCGAGGCGAUCGACGAGUCCGGCUCAUUUUUGGUAGAUAGACUAGAGCUACUGAACGAUGUGCCUGCCAAUCCGUUCACGAAGCAGGAGCUGGAAGCCAAUCCCACGGACUGCGGCAGAAAAUUGGCCAAAAUCUGUCGCAGCCUGCUGGGCGUGCUCGUGGACACGCACAUGGGAGUGAAUGUAGCGGACCAGUUCUUCCACCGGCUCGAGCUCCGGGCGAUCACGCGAUCGCGAGCUGAAUCCUUAAGGCCUCGAGCGGCCUACUCCAACGUGAAUUUGGCCGUCCUGAUCAAAAAAUGAGCCCGCCCGGUCGAAUUCGAAUCGCAAGCACGACCGACCUUGCGACCUGCUGCUGCCGGCUCACUAAUUUUAGUGAUAGCGAGACCGUCUAGAUGAUCGGAAGCCCACCCCGCGUCAAGUGUAGAUAACUGGAGGAGCUAGUGGAGGCACAUCUUAAUACAUUCAUAGAGGCACCGCAGCGCGGUGCUUUUCAGGUAAUUAGAUUAGGCUUAUCAGUGUACAUGUACGAGAGAAGUUUUGACCCCGUUUACGUACCUGUGUAUAAAGAAGUUUGCAAGCGCAAUCUACCCAACAAUCAUGGGUAAAUUCUAUGUCACUAUAAAAUCAUUUC